CAAGGAUAGAUCAUUACUGUCUAUACCUCUGAGAAGUGGAUUUUAUCUUCUGAGUGGGUUGUAUCCUUGUAGCCUGAGACGCGCCGUCAUUUGCAUCAAAUUCGGUUGAUCUCAGCCUCGCCCGUCAGCCUCGUUCAUCUCCAAGGCGGUGAGCCUUGCCGUUUCCCCACCUCGCUCCCAAAUUCUGCCGCGGAUUUUCUGGCUUGAGGCACUAAUUUCAGGCAAACCUGAUCAUUUACUAGCACAAGCACUCUGUCGCUUGUGCCUUGUGUGGUUUAGGAUUACUUCUGCAAACAAUCCAGAAAUCAAUAGACAACCUCGUUGCGAUGAAACACGCAGUACGGUGACCGUGAAAAGGAGAGUAUUCUCCGACUCGGCGUUCCGAGAAAUCUAGCAUAUUCACGGCGCAUUCACCAUGGCGCGACGCGGAAGAGGUGGUGGUGCGAAGCGCGGACCUGAUCUCUCCUGGGAUGAUGAAGAAGAUGACCCUGCAACCUUCAAUGCGGCUCGCAAGCCAGAACCAACGUUUCCUGAUAUUGAGUUUCCCGUGCCACGGCCGAUCUCUCCCUUUGAAUUCUCCUGCGUCCAAAGCUACCUGCGAUUCCGCGGGCGAGCGCACAACGGCCCCUACUAUUCGGUCCUCGACCCGAGCAGUCUUGCAGACCCCAAGACAGGAAAGGUGAUCAAGCGUGCAGGUUUCGACCCUUUCAACGACCAAGAGAAGUAUAGCGCGAAAUACUACAAGAAGAAACGCACGGUACCGGACCUCAGUGGGCGGGAUUAUGAGUUGAAAUACUUUCCUCCCGAGCUGUGGCCGUUCCUCGACCCCGGCCGCAAACACCCCCUAUGGAAAACUACAGACUACGACUUCGAUGCCGCAACCAGUGCACCUCGCAAGAAGCGGAAACGUGACAUUGCCAUUGACGUCAAUGAAGACGAGGAAAACGACGAAGCAAACGACACAGACGUCUCAGAUCCAUUACUGUCUGGCACGCGACGGUCUACUAAAGCCAAGAAGAAGCGCGAUGAUCGAAAAGCAGGCGAAAAGCGCGGCCUGGAUGCCGAGGACGAGUUUUCAGAGGAAGAGAUCCAACCAAAACCGCGAAAGAAGAAAGGAAACAAAGGAAACAAAGGUUCGGACGACGAGGAUGAUGAGGACGAUAAUGCCGAUGACAAAGACAACGACGACGCGGAUGAUGAUGACGACGAUGGGUCAGCCGAUGAUGAGCCUGUUGACUCGGAAUUCUCAGAGUCAGACGACGGCGGCGCUGAUGAUUACAAUGCCGAGAAUUAUUUCGACACAGGAGAGGGCGACGAUGAGGACGGUUUUGCCUUUGGCGGUGGGCGCGGCGGCGACGAUGAAGGGGGCUACUUCUGAUCGAGAUACCUCGCAAAGAAGCGCAGGAUGUCAGGCCAAAGCGUCCGCAUCUUUUACCAAAGUGACAUAAGAUGAACGGGAGUUUGGGAAAGCGAGUAGAUUCCCCAUGCUGUGAAUAUUUGCAGGCACGUUUUGUAUGUGGCAUUUCAGCCUUGAGCCUUGAGGCAUGUUGCACGGCGCCUUUUGCUUGAUUUCGACGCCGCAUGGAGAUCAACAGACUUGCGCCUUCACAUUGUACGAAUUCUCAUUUUUGUAUCAAGAGGUCAGCAAGCACGAAAUCAACAGUGGAUAUCACAAAGUCGUUUCAGACACCCAUGUUUAGAAACCGCCUCUUGUGCUACACUGUGCUAGGAUUCGCCUUGACAUCCGGAUCACCCGUGCCACGACCUUCGAAUAGAUGAUGUCUCUGAUGUUUUCGUCCUAUCGAUUACCCGCAGUUUGAUACCACUACACUGCCUUUACACUUCGCCAGCGAAGUCUGGUUUUCCUAUUAGAGGACGCCUCUCCAGCAGCCUGAGCUGAUUGCCUCGUGCCUGUGUCUCUCCCGAAACUUGAACAUUUG